AUAGCGAGCUCUCAUUGGCUGUCAGAAUCCUCAGUCAUGGCUGGCACCGCCUCUUCCCCUCGGACCAGGUUCGGUUGAGUCGGAGUGCGGUUGGAGUGCGAGAGGGUCGCGGCCGCGAUGAUCUGACAGAUGUAAUAGCGAAAAAAAGACUGAGAAGGCGGGCGUUCUCCCACACUAAACAAUGUUCCCCAAAGGUAAAGGCACCCCGGUGCCGUCGGACAGCCAGGCACGAGAAAAGUUGGCUCUAUAUGUCUAUGAGUAUUUGUUACACAUAGGAGCACAGAAGUCUGCACAGACCUUUUUAUCAGAGAUCCGAUGGGAGAAAAAUAUAACACUCGGAGAACCACCUGGAUUCCUGCAUUCCUGGUGGUGUGUAUUCUGGGACUUGUAUUGUGCUGCACCAGAGAGGAGAGAGACAUGUGACCACUCCAGUGAAGCAAAAGCCUUUCAUGACUACAGUGCAGCAGCAGCCCCCAGCCCUGUGAUGGGAGGUAUGCCCCCCGGUGAAGGCAUGCCAGGAGGACCCAUGCCACCUGGCUUUUUCCAGGGUCCUCCUGGUCCCCAGGGCUCUCCUCACCCUCAGCCUCCUCCCCCUAACAGUAUGAUGGGGCCUCAUAGUCAGUCCUUCAUGUCGCCUCGCUUUGCGGGAGGCCCAAGAGGUCCACCUAUCAGGAUGGCUAGUCAGCCUCCAGGAGGAGUACCAGGUCCUCAUCCCAUGCUGCCCAGCAUGGACCCCACACGACCACAAGGCCACCCUAAUCUAGGGCCAAUGCAGAGAAUGAGCGGCCCUCGAGGUAUGGGACCUAUGGGGCCUGGCCCUCAGAACUUUGGUGGUGGGAUGAGGCCUCCACACAAUACCAUGGGUCCUGGUAUGCCAGGAGUGAACAUGGGCCCAGGGACCGGCCGACCAUGGCCCAAUCCCAACAAUGCCAAUUCUAUGCCUUACUCAUCACCCUCUCCUGGUGCAUAUGGGGGGGCUUCUGGAGGAGGAGGACCCCCAGGAACUCCCAUCAUGCCCAGCCCUGCAGACUCAAACAACUCUGGUGACAAUUUGUACACCAUGAUCAACACUGGACCCGGAAACCGAAAUAAUUUCCCUAUGGGCCCGGGCUCUGACGGACCCCUGGGAGCCAUGGCUGGGAUGGAACCACACCACAUGAAUGGGUCUCUAGGCUCGGGUGAUAUGGAUGGAAUGAACAAGAAUUCCCCAAACAAUUUAAGUGGCAUUAGCAAUCCUCCUGGGACCCCGAGGGAUGAUGGGGAGCUGAGUGGAAACUUCCUCCACUCCUUUCAGAGUGAGAACUACUCGCCAACCAUGACGAUGAGUGUGUGACCCCCCACUCCCCCACCCCACCCGACAUUAUUUGCCAUCAUUCUGAGGAUCUGAACUCACUACAGAACACGGCCAAACACAUCAGCACCGAAUCAGGGACAGGCGCCAUUUUGGUUCCACACUAACGCCAGAGUGCUGGUCUGAGAAAAAUCAAAAUGGCCGGCGACUACUGCUCCUUGCUCAAAAUGAAGGACAAUUUCUCCAUUUAUCACAGCCCCAAGUGUGACAAAACCAGCUACUGAAAUGCAUUCAUGACAUGUUUUCUGUUCUUCACAGAGCUCCUGUAUCCUCAACCCCCUCAGUUCUAGUGCGAAGAGAGGAAAAAAAAGGUUUACCUCUUGUACUUUUUAAUUAUUGCUUUGUGGUGCAAGAUGUGCAGGAAGUGUCUCCACUUUUGUCACUUAAAACACUGGAGAGUGCAUAUGCAUUGUGAGCUUGGUAAGCCUUUGUCUUGUCAUUUUACAUAGCGCCAUGCAUACUGUGUCACAAAAGUCAGUUGACAUGGGACUCGCAAUCUGCCUUUUACUCUAUGGCCACCUUUAUAAAUAACGUACUAUUCUUCCCAAUGCUCACUCUUUGAUUUAAAGAGGUUUUAAAAGGGAGAAGCUGUGAAAGAAUACAGCUUUUAUUGUGAUGACCUUUCACGGUAUGUGAGUGCUCAGAUGGUUCUUAAAAUGUCAGAUUGAUCCCAUUUGAUCAAUUGCAGUCUUUUAUUGUUGAUGGACGUGCUACUCUGCACUCUGUGCUGUUCCGUCCUGUCAAGGAUAAAGCAGACUUUGACAUUAGAAGUGAGUGCAUGAAUGCUGAGAAUCUGUGUACAACAUACUACCUAGUGCUGCUCUUCUCUAUGUGGACACCUGCUUUAAGAUGUGGUGUAUAUCUCUUAUCUGCCUGUGCUUAACACUCUGUGCUCUCCAUCGUCGUAGCCUUCUGUGUUGUUUCCAGAUUAGCUGAUGAUGAUGAAAUGGCUAUGAAUGAGCUGCCCAUUUUAAUUGCUCAAACGUUCACUCUGUUGGUCAUACUUCCCUCCUGUCAAUGGUCAUCCCUCUUGACCUAGCACCCCUCCAUCCUUCUUUCCCUUGGCGCCCCACACUUUUUUUUUUUUAUAUUUUGAUACAAUCUUUGACUACAUAUAUUGCCCCAGUUAUUCCGAUUUAGUCAAAGCUUUCUAAAAUGAUUCUAGUAGGCAUCAUUAUAAACUUAGCAGCAGUCUUGUAAAUGUGAUGAGAAUGUUUUUUUUUUUCUGUGAACUACGCAUUAUACACAUCUGCCCUAUGUUGCCUUUAUUUGCUGAUAUUUUUUUAUUUCAAAUUGAGGAAAGAUUGCUUGUUAAUAUAA